GGUUCAGUCCCAGCGGCAGCAGCUCUGCUGCAAAAACCGCUUUGCUAUUCGAGAUAGCCAGCAGAGGGAAUCGGAACUUUGCUUGCAGCAGGGGUUGAAGCAGGCUUUUUUUUUUCUUGGAGGAAAUACUGCAGCCUUCUGGACUGCGUACGCUGCUCCCUAGAGGGGCUCUCCGGGUCCCACCCACCGGCUGGAAGGAGGGGACGUGAAUGAAAGGACAGGACGGGCCCCAACACCAUGUCACUCUGGGAGAGAGACAGCAGCAACUGAGCUGUGCAAGGUUUUUUUUUUUUUGCUUUUUGUUUUUUUUUCUUUUCCCCUUUCUUUUUCUUUCUUUCUUUUUUUUUCUUUUUCCUUUUUCUUCUUUCUUUUCUCUUCCUUUUUAUUUUUUUUUCUUUCUCUUUAAGGUGGGGAAAGACACAGACAGGAAGCCGAUCUGCAAGGAUUCGGAGUUGUGCUAAAAGGACUUUGAUUUUUUUUUUUUUUUUUUCCUUUACAAACGCUGGCAAUUGACAUCACUACGGGCAGCCUGGUAGAGAACAAACUGCCUCACCCCAAGUGGACCCCGGCGGCUGGGGGAAGGCAGGCAAGAUCCAGGGAGGCUGUGUGGGGGGUUUUCCUACGGAUCCCCCCCUCCCUCUUUUUUUGGUGUGUUUCUUUUUAAAAUUCUUGCUGUGUUGGAACUAGCGAGGGGUGGAAGAAGAUCUCCGAAGCCUCAUCAGUCAUCGGGACUGUCAGCUCGGCCUGGGGCAUAUACCCUGUCAUCCAGUCCCCUGCCUCGGAGACAGGGAUUCCAGCUACAUGGGCAAACGCUUGGACCAGCCACAAAUGUACCCCCAGUACACUUACUACUAUCCUCAUUAUCUCCAAACCAAGCAGUCCUAUGCACCAGCUCCCCACCCCAUGGCUCCUCCCAGCCCCAGCACAAACAGCAGCAGCAACCACAGCAGCAGCAACAGCAGCGGGGAACAGUUGAGUAAAACCAACCUGUACAUUCGAGGCCUCCCACCAGGCACCACUGACCAGGACCUAAUCAAGCUGUGCCAACCGUAUGGAAAAAUUGUAUCCACAAAGGCAAUCCUCGACAAAAACACAAAUCAGUGCAAAGGGUAUGGUUUUGUAGAUUUUGACAGUCCGGCAGCUGCACAGAAAGCAGUAGCAUCUCUCAAGGCAAAUGGCGUGCAGGCACAGAUGGCCAAGCAACAAGAGCAAGACCCAACCAACCUAUACAUCUCAAAUCUCCCCAUUUCUAUGGAUGAGCAGGAACUUGAGAAUAUGCUGAAACCCUUUGGACAUGUCAUUUCCACAAGAAUACUCAGAGAUGCUAAUGGAGUCAGCAGAGGUGUUGGCUUUGCCAGAAUGGAGUCUACUGAAAAAUGUGAAGUGGUAAUUCAGCAUUUUAAUGGAAAAUAUCUGAAAACACCACCAGGCAUCCCAGCCCCUAGUGAGCCUUUACUGUGCAAAUUCGCUGAUGGAGGACAAAAGAAGAGACAGAAUCAAAGUAAAUACACCCAGAAUGGAAGGCCUUGGCCCAGGGAAGGAGAGGCUGGCAUGGCUCUGACCUAUGACCCCACAGCUGCCAUUCAGAAUGGAUUUUAUUCUUCACCGUACAGUAUUGCAACCAACCGCAUGAUUCCACAGACAUCCAUCACGCCAUUCAUUGCUGCUCCCCCUGUCUCCACAUACCAGGUCCAGAGUACUUCAUGGAUGCCUCAUCCGCCAUACGUUAUGCAACCAACAGGUGCUGUGAUUACACCAACGAUGGACCAUCCUAUGUCAAUGCAGCCCGCAAACAUGAUGGGCCCCCUGACACAACAGAUGAAUCAUCUUUCUUUGGGCACAACAGGAACGUAUAUGACUGCUGCUGCUCCUAUGCAAGGGACCUACAUUCCCCAGUACACACCUGUGCCUCCGACAGCUGUUUCCAUUGAAGGUGUUGUUGCUGAUACCUCUCCCCAGACAGUGGCACCUUCAUCCCAGGACACAAGUGGGCAGCAGCAGCAGAUAGCAGUGGACACAUCCAACGAGCAUGCAUCUGCAUAUUCUUACCAACAGUCUAAACCAUAAACAAUACUGAAGAAUGUCUGUCUGAAACUCGGCCUUGAAUGAAGAAACUUCAUUGAACAAGAAGUUGGCUUCCAGUUUUGCACAGGCGUCAAUGGAAUGCUUUUCUUUUUUAUUUUAUUUUUUUAAUUUUCUACUUUACUCAAUGAAAACGAAGUGUUUUUAUGUGCUGUGCAAAUGGUUCCUUCAUGUGGUUUGACAGGCUUUUUUUGCCAUCUUUUUUUUUUUUUCAACUAAAGAAAAAAGAUACCAGAAGAGGACAAAAACAAUAACAAACAAAGCAAAACAUGGAAGAUUGACAUUUAUCUGGAAGAACAUUUGAAUGCAGAAUUUACCUGAAGGUGUAGAUAGAUUUUUUUUUUUAACAGAAUAUCUGAUGUCAAGAGGUAGGCAAAAGCAGAAAUGGAUAAAAAUUGUCUUCCUCAGUAAUUAAGCUACUCUUUCUUUUUCCUUUCUUGUUUAAAUCUAGUGGGUUGGGUUUUUUAUUUUAUUUUUUUCUUAGAAAUAUUUAGGUAAGGUUUAUCUUGAAUCUUAAUUGCCUUAAUUUUAAGGACGUCAAAGGCUCUCGAGGCAAGCUGUCAACGUCUUGUUAAAAAAAAAUCAAGAAAGAAUUGAAAUAUUGUGCCAGCUUUCACUGGUACAGAAGUUUAAGACUAUGAGUUUUUAGGGUGAAAAAAAACUGUACAGUUUAAAAGAAAAUGUUUUUCUUCAUUUGAAGAAAAUUUGUUGAUAAAAGAAACCAUGGCAACUGCAAGAAUUGGGGAAAUGCUGGGACUUUUCAUGAACUUUGUCUUAAGUGUUGAAUCAUUCUAGAAGGCUAAAACAUUUUACGGUAAAGUUAUUAAUGUUGGUUUAAAAACAACUGCAUUAGAAAUAAUGCGUGUUUGGGGGGCAGAAUGCAGAUUUUUUUUAUUUACAAAGCGUGAUCGCUAGCAAAAGCAUUAGUGCUUUUUAUCUGCAGUCUUUUUUAUGAGCUUUACAAAGUUUUUAGUCAGCUUUGCUUGUCACAUUGCAAAACCUAGCUUAAGAGCAUUAAACAAACAAAAAACUUAGGUAGAUAGGAGCUUGUGGUCAAAAAGUGCAAAAAAAACCACAAAAAAAAACACAAAAAAAGCAAUAGAUAGAGAAAUUGUUGACAAUUUCUGUAGUCUUUCCUAGUUGUGAUCAAAUUCAGCCUAUGGAUGGCCUAUUUUAUACCAAAGAUGAAGUGGCACCCUAUUGCAGUCCAGAAGAUAGAGAUUGUUUUCUUUUCUUCUUUUCUUUUUAAAAUUUUAUUUGACCUACAUGGCCGGACCAGUUCUUACUUUGUUGUUUGUUUAAACUACCUUCCACUGAUGUUUUACAUACUGCAAAAAAAAAAAAAAAGUUGUUUUUAUUUUAAAUGUAUAUUUGUUGAUGGUAGAAGCUUGUUCCUGCAUAUUCAGCAAUUUCGUCAUGAAGAGUUCUGGAUACCAACCAAAUGGCUUUCAAUUCCAUGAGCUUUUCUGGUUCCUUCCUAGUUCUCUUGAAUGUGAAACCUGUGUUGAUGGCCACAAUGAGCUAAGACACUUAACAGGUUUAAAUUUCUUUAUAUGAAUUUUGAACUCAAGAUACUUCCUGAACUGGUCUGAAAGAUCACUUGUCAAAAAAGCUUAGUGAUACUCUGUUAAGUGCUGAGUGGUCCCCUGAAAAGGUCUUUAUUGUAUUUCUAACAAUAGUCUUCCUCUUAAGCUCUUGCACUUCUAGAUUCUGUCUUCUCACCUCCAUCUUUGUCAUCAUUCACUAUAAAUAGCCACCUUGACUCUGCAACUGGGUGAGAAUAUCUCUCUUUUUUGCCUCCUUUCAUUGUAUUUUCAUAUCCUGGUAUUGUCAGAAGAAAGACAAGAGAGAUUUUUUAAAUUUCAGUUUAACUCUCUGAGGCAAGUAGAACCAAUAAGAUUGAGGAUUCCGUUAGUGGAAUUUCGGUAAGCUUUUGAUGCUGGUUGACAAUCAAGAAAUUGUAUGACUUAUAAGAACCAAAACAAUGAGAUUUGAUCAAUCAUUAAAGCCAAAGGAGAUAUAUUUGCAUUGAGAAUGAUAUGAAACUUUGUCUAAAAUGAAUUAAAUUGAUUUAUGAAAUAUCUCUGCAUAUUCAAUUCAUGAAAUCCAUGUUCAUCCUGUACAGUUUUACCUGAUUAAGUAUAAUGGAACUUUGUUAAUUGAACCAUGCACUAGAAUGGCUGGAUUGUUAGAAUCAAAUAGGUGAAAACAAAGUCACGGGAACCUGUCUUAAUCCAGAUGGAAUAGGGAAAUUCUUAAAGUGCAUUGUUAAAGAAAACAGGGUAGGUAUUUAAAAACUAACAGGAAAAAAGUUAAAAGGUAAAACAUAUUCCCAUUGGGUCAACAUGAGUAAUGAGUUUGACUCAUAUAAAAUUAUCAAUAUUCUACUAUCUGUGACCUGUAAACAAAGACCUUGUGUGGAAAUAAACCCAAUUCUUUUAGUUGAAAAUCCCAUAAAGUGGAAGCUCAUACCUAGAGAGUGAUUCCAUAUCUGUGUGGUCAAAUCAGAGGAAAAAAUAUAUCCAAGAAAAUGUAGCAUGUGCUACAUUUAAAUUCCAACUGGUCACAGCCAUCCUUAUGGUUUUCCAAGCUUUGGAGAGAAUUUUAGAUUUAUACUUUCUUCUGAUCCAUUCUUCAGCUUCUCAAGUAUUUUAAGGGUGGCACUUAAGUUUUCUCUUUGAGAAACUGGCCCCCACGUUACAGGGGGGCGAUAAGCAAACACGUAUGGGAACUGGGUUUUUGUUUCUCUUUUUCAGUCUCUGAACUCUUUGUAUAAAUAAGGAUUAUCCUGGGCAUAAUUCAUUUAAAUAUGAAAUCAACAUGCUUUCUUUCUCUUCUGUAUUAAAAAAAUGUGAUACAAAGAAAGUCUCAUUCACACAGUCAACAAUGAGGCUAAGAGGUAGCUACCAUGUGGCUGAUGAAUGUGCCUGGGUAACUUCCUGUUUCUAUUCAAAACUACUGCUUUAUUUAUACAUUCAGCAACAUUUUUUUCAACUAUAAAAUUUCAAUGAUCUCAAUUUUUUUAAGCCACUUCAGGUAAAAUGAAUCAACUUGUCAUCUUACGUGUCCAUGUGUGCUUUGUUUUUAGAUUUUUUUUAUAUUACGCCAUUCUAUAAAAUACCUUAUUUCAAAUCUAAAAGAAAAAAAUAAGAAAGUGGCCCAUGUUCAAAUUUGCACAUGUUAUUUUACCUAAAAAUUGUUUUUUGAAGAGUCAAGUCCGGGAGAAAAAAUAAAAGCAUCCACAGGUAAGCAGCAUUACCUUAUAUGAAAAGUAAAACAAAUCAAAACAAAUCUAUAGGUGUUUAAUACCUAUAGACAUCAGAAUCAUAAUUUAAUCAACAAUAUGGAUUAUGGCAAUUUUAAUUCAAUUUAGGACUAUAAUCAUUUUUUAAAGUAUUCUGGUUCACUUCAUUUCAAGCAUUUAUUCAGAGGUUUCCAUGUUUCCUUUCGACAAGAAUUACCAAGACUUAGCCUGAAUGUCAGGAAAGAAACUGAAGCCACAAUCCAAAUAAGAUAAACAGCAUUUCCUCCAAACUUACUGACAAGGUCAUUGGAGGAGUGGAUAUUCUAAUAGUAAGAAGGCAUUGUCAGGAAGACUGCAUAUUGGCUUCAUGUUCCUCAGAGCAUGGCCAUGGGAGCCAAAGGCAAUAAUUUAAAGGCAAUAUCUGCAGGGGGAGGGGAGAUGUUUUUCUUUCAUCAUGGGCAUGUUUUGAAUAUUGCAGGUAACAUGAUAUCCCUAAAAAACAAAACAAAACAAAAAACCCAAAAAAGAAAAAAACCCUUCUAUCCCACUCCAGUUUGGUCAGGGUUACUUUGCUUCCUUGGUAGAUUUCAGUCAUUCAGAUGUUGUCGCCAGGCUUCACCAGAAUCAAUUCUCCUGUGACUUAAACAGACCUGCCAUAUUUGACACCAUCUAAGACUCACUCCCACCUGUCCCAGUGGAAAAUCCACAUGGUGUUAAAAGCAUCCAUACUAGAGAUAGAAAGCUGAGGGCAGGAUGAAGCAGGGAGUUCACUGUAUCUACUGAAUACAUCAACCCCUUACACAACAAUUUUAAGAACAUCUGCCAUCCAAGUGUGACAAAAUAAGAGUACUUAGUUUUUUAACUUUAUUUGAAUAACUGAGGGCUUGUCAUAUAUAUAUAUACGUGUAUAUGUAUAUAUACUUGUAUGUAUAUAUAUACAUAUAUAUACUUGUAAGUCUUUCACAGUGGCCUAAAAUUCCCAUUAUCAAAAGGUGAGAUUUGAUUAAGACUUCAGUCUUCUUUAUGAUUGAGGAAGAGUUUCAAUGGACUGUCUAGACAGGUAAUAAUCUUAGUCGGAGACUGCAAAUACAUUUAAUAAUCCAGCUUCAUUUUUGAGGGCACAAACCACUGCAAGAUAUGAGGUGAUAAAGAGAAAUUUUUAAAUGGGUUUCAGUGAUAAAGGUUUUUAUAUAAUAUAAAAUCAAAUGAAAGGAUAAUCUUUGUGUAUGAAGAUAACAGCAUUCAAUGUACUUUAUAAUCAAGGUCAAAUAUGUCAUAGAAACUCAAUCUAUAUUAUAUUGUCCACAGUAGGGCAUAAGGAGGAGGUUUUGUUUUUCAUGUCAUUGUGACUGACAUGAUUCAAAAACCUGAGCUCUCAGGGACUGACAGCCCCUCACUCCAAUUUGAGGAAUUGACAGAAUUGAAACAGGCUCAUGCAUUCUGUACAUGCUAUCCUUCCUGUGGUUGAGUAAUAAUGGGAUCGAAUUAAUGAGUCAAUUUAUUUUGCAAAUGACAACUACUGUGGCAUUGGAAGAUAGCCAAGGCUAACUCAAAUUGAACAUUUCCUAGCAAAUAUUCUUAAGUAGGAAAUUAUUUCCUUAAUCCGAGGGAACAAUUCUUGGUUACAGCUGUCAUUUUGUGGAUGCCAUAGAGUUCAGGAAAGUACAAAAGCUAAGUAUAAAAUCCCUGAGUGGCUCAAAUGAUCUUUUUUGAUGUAAGGCAUGGGAGCUCACCCAAGAUUGGUGAUUUCUUUUAUCUUUUGUUUUAUACCCCAAUACAUAUGUUCACUGCCACAUAGAAAAGAUGGAUGGCUUCUUAAUAGUUACUUCUUUGUAUUUCUGGGAAGGAAAAAAAUAUUUUAAGAAAAUUUCUUCCACCCAGAAGCUCUUAAGCUGAAGCAGAGGUAGGAUCAAGCUGGAGUCUGCAGGAAGAACCACUAAGCCACUGGGUCACACUUUUCUCCCACUGUAUUCCUUCCAGUUAGUGGCUGCCCUGAUGACCAGUCUUAAAGAAGUGCAGUCACUUCCGAUUUUUGAAGGGCUAAUUGUCUACUUUGUGGAUUUGUUUUGUCUUCUCUUUUCAACUAUUAGGACUUGGGCUCUACUUCCUUUUAUUAGCAUUUCACACUAAGGAUGGAAAAAAAAUCUGGAAAUAAAAUUCAAAUCAAUUUUUUUAAGGCUUGAUUUAGUGAAACAGUUUGAAAUCACUGGUUAAAAUUAAUGUCAAUGCACUAUAUACUGUCAUGUUUUAAUAUCCAUAUUGUCCUUUUUCCAUCCACUACAAUUGAGAGUUGGCUGUAUUUUUGCAAAAUACAAAGGGGAAAAAAAAAAAAAAAGCUCUAGCAAA